AUGGACGAGCCUGAACUCCCUCCUCUCUUGCGGUCCACCCGAUCAGCAGCAGCACAAGCUCGCUCUCGACUAGCUCCACCUCUGACACGAAAAAGGACUCAUUCUCACGACGACGAACCCGCCGGGUCGAGCGACCCGGCUCUGUUUUCCAGCGACGAGACGGCACCGGGCGCCGAGAACUAUGCGUCGGGCAAGAGGAAGAAACGUACCUUUAGGGGCUCGUGGUGGGAUCGUCAUCCGGCCGAGCCUGGGUCCAGGAAGGGUCUGAGGGAGAAGCGCCAAUUCAGGAGGAAUUUCGACUCGGGGAUCUUCAUGGGCAGUGAGAGCGAAGAUCCUCUCUCGAGUGAUUCGAUCACGCUUGAGGAGGAGUUCCUGAGGGACCAGCGAGAGGACAGGAAAGACAAUAAUAAACCAGUGGGACCAUUCACGUCCUGGCCGGAGGGAAACGAUCAAAUCAAGCCGAGAAGGAAACUAGUCCCCACAGCUACGGUUCUGAUUCCCAAGGAGCAUGAGCUGGUUUGCGAAAUUGUCAAGCAGUGUCUCGACCAUGGGAAAGAGGAUGUGGACUUGACAUCCAUGUCGCUAUCGAGUUUACCCGAGGAUAUCACAGCACUUCAGACACUCAGCAAACAAGACGAGCUCACUCCGGGCAUGCUGCAUAUCGGUACUAAUCUGGAACCCCAACUGCGACUCUUCCUGGGCAACAAUUCUUUUACAAGAGUGCCAAGCCCGAUCUUCAGCCUUCAAAACCUCCGCGUCUUGUCUCUUCGCAACAACAAUCUGACAUAUAUCCCGAGUGCAAUAGGGGAACUGGUCAACCUCCAGUCUCUGAACCUUGCUGGAAAUCAGUUGUCGGAGCUCCCCACAGAGAUCCUCGACCUUGUCACUGAACGCAAGCUGAGAGAGCUACGGACAAACCCAAAUCCUUGGCUGAUGGUCGACGAAGCGACGAAUGACGGAUCGGCGACUGUGGUAUGGGCAGGGGAUCUCGCAUUGCGCAAGGUGCACAGCUGCCUCCCUCCGAAAAGCUAUUAUUGGCCGCGGGACUACCCUCAACUCCCAACACUCACCGAAUUAGUCCUUCGCCAGCUCUCGAGAUAUGACCCACUAGGUGACAUGGACUUUGCGGCCUACAUGCCCUCCAACACAGCCGAAACCGUGUUGAGCCAUCUUAGACAGCUUAGAGAGAAGCCGGCACGUCGCUGCACGGCGUGCAAGAGGACAAUUGUGUUGGCACGAGAAGAAUGGCUGGAAUAUUGGAGAAUCGAGUGCGAGGACCCCAAUUCCUCCUCUUUGCGGACGAGUUUACUAGUACCCUUUCGAAGGCUACGGUGCUGGGAUUGCUCCAAAGGCUCCAAAUUGAGCAACGCGGCUUGGGAUAACUAG